CUGUUUGUUAGGAUUCUAUCUCCUCUUCUUUGAAUCUCCCUCUCGGAUUCCAACUCCUAAACAUCUUUACUUCGAAUCUCUCUCUCUCUCUCUCUCUCUCUAUAUAUAUAUAUAUAAAACUCAGGUAUUACUGGUGGAGUAUCUGAGAGGAGGAGGAUUGGGUUUGCAAUAUUAUUGAAAUGGGUGAAGUAUAUCAAGUUGAGAAGGUGGAUUCCUCGGAGGUUAACGAGGAAUGUCCUAUUAAACAAGUCGAUCUGACAGUGCCCAAAACGGAUGAUCCGACCAUGCCAGUGCUCACAUUCAGGAUGUGGGUUCUGGGUCUUACUGCAUGUGUCACACUCUCCUUUGUGAACCAGUUCUUUUGGUAUAGGAGGCAGCCAUUAUCGGUCAGUUCAAUAUCUGCGCAGAUUGCUGUGGUGCCCAUUGGGCACUUUAUGGCCAAGGUGUUGCCAAAGCGUCCCUUCUUUCAGGGCACAUGGUUUGAGUUCACUAUGAAUCCGGGGCCCUUUAAUAUCAAGGAACACGUUUUAAUCACGAUUUUUGCAAAUUCGGGUGCCGGAUCGGUUUAUGCUGCUCAUGUUUUGUCUGCAGUUAAACUCUAUUAUAAAAGGGCCCUCACUUUUCUUCCAGCCUUGAUUGUUAUGCUUACAACUCAGGUGUUAGGGUUUGGUUGGGCUGGACUUUUUCGAAAAUAUCUGGUUGAGCCAGGGGAAAUGUGGUGGCCUUCUAAUCUGGUUCAGGUCGCAUUGUUCAGGGCUCUACAUGAGAAGGAAAAAAGACCUAAAGGCGGCACUACGCGCACUCAGUUCUUUCUCUUGGUCUUGAUCAGUAGCUUUGCUUACUAUGUGUUACCUGGCUAUCUUUUCAUAAUGUUAACAACUGUCUCUUGGGUCUGCUGGAUCUCUCCUAAGUCUGUUUUUGUCCAACAACUGGGUUCUGGCUUACAAGGCCUUGGAAUUGGUUCCUUUGGGAUUGAUUGGGCUACGAUUUCCGCUUACCUUGGGAGUCCAUUAGCUAGUCCAUGGUUCGCCACUGCCAACACUGCUGUUGGAUUCAUCUUUGUAAUGUAUGUGAUGACACCCCUAGCUUACUGGUACAACAUCUACGGUGCCAAGACUUUCCCAAUAUAUUCUAACAGCCUUUUCACAUCAAAUGGUUCUGAGUACGACAUUUUGAGCAUCAUCAACUCCAAAUUUCAUCUUGACCGGACUACUUAUGCACAGAUGGGGUCUAUACAUCUCAGCACAUUCUUUUCCAUGACUUAUGGUGUUGGAUUUGCUACACUUACUGCUACACUUAUGCAUGUUCUGCUAUUCAGUGGAAGUGACAUAUGGAAGCAAACCAGAAGUGCCUUUAGCGGGAAUGGAAAAGAAGAUAUACAUACCAAACUUAUGAAGGUGUACAAAUCCGUUCCUAUGUGGUGGUUUCUUGUCAUUCUUGUGACGAACAUUGCUCUUAUAAUGUUUGCUUGUGAGUAUUACAACGAGUCACUUCAACUGCCUUGGUGGGGUGUGCUGCUAGCUUGUGCCAUUGCCGUUUUCUACACUCUCCCAAUUGGUAUCAUUGCUGCCACCACAAACCAGAUGCCAGGUUUGAACAUUAUAACAGAAUACAUUAUCGGAUACAUGUACCCAGAGCGCCCUGUUGCUAACAUGUGCUUCAAGGUGUAUGGAUACAUCAGCAUGACCCAAGCUCUAACCUUUCUGGCAGACUUUAAGCUUGGCCACUACAUGAAGAUUCCACCAAGGUCAAUGUUCAUGGCACAGGUGGUUGGAACUAUCGUUUCGGUAAUUGUAUACACGGGAACUGCAUGGUGGCUGAUGGAAAGCAUCCCACACCUUUGUGAUACCUCCCUGCUACCAAAGGGCAGCCCCUGGACUUGCCCGAUGGACCGUGUCUUCUUCGAUGCAUCCGUCAUCUGGGGACUUGUCGGACCCCGUAGAAUCUUUGGCAACCUAGGUGAAUACGGGAAUGUCAAUUGGUUCUUUCUUGGUGGAGCAAUUGCCCCUCUCCUAGUCUGGCUUGCACACAAGGCAUUCCCUAACCAAAAUUGGAUUCGCAUGAUUCACAUGCCUGUUUUGUUGGGUGCUACGUCAAUGAUGCCCCCAGCUAGUGCCGUAAACUACACUAGUUGGAUCAUCGUAGGGUUUCUCUCCGGAUUUGUGUUCUUUAGGUACCGGCCAGAAUGGUGGAAGCGCUACAAUUAUGUCCUUUCUGGUGGUCUUGAUGCUGGAACUGCUUUCAUGACGUUGUUGCUGUUUGUUUCCAUGGGAUCCACCGGAAUUAGCUGGUGGGGAAACGAUGUUGAUGGGUGCCCCUUAGCUUCUUGCCCAACCGCAAAAGGAGUCAUGGUUCAAGGUUGCCCAGUUGUCUCUUAAAACUCGUAUGUUUUUCCUAUAUUUUUCAGGUUGUAUGGAACCACUCUCUCAUAACUUCAUGCUUGUAAAUAGAUUUCAAUAUUUCUUUU